AGCGGGCGGAGACUCGCGGAGGCGUUGGGAGCGAGGGAGGGCGCGGCCAACUCCCGGAGGGACGGCAGGCGGCAAGCGCGGCUUCCCGGCCUGGCGCCGAGCCUGAGCCCGCUGGACCGACGCGGCCCCGCCGCGGGCUCGGUCCCGCUCCAGCCCCGCCAGCAUGGCCGGCCGGACUGUACGGGCCGAGACCCGGAGCCGGGCCAAGGAUGACAUCAAGAAGGUGAUGGCGACCAUCGAGAAGGUCCGGAGAUGGGAGAAGCGCUGGGUGACUGUGGGUGACACUUCACUUCGUAUCUUCAAGUGGGUACCAGUGGUGGACCCCCAAGAAGAGGAGCGACGGAGGGCAGGUGGCGGGACAGACAGAUCUCGUGGCCGGGAGAGGCGGGGCAGGGGCACCAGUCCAAGAGGGGGUGGCCCUCUUAUUCUGCUGGACCUCAACGAUGAGAACAGCAACCAGAGUUUCCAUUCAGAAGGGUCCCUGCAAAAAGGCACAGAGCCAAGCCCUGGGGGCACUCCCCAGCCCAGCCGCCCUGUGUCACCUGCUGGACCCCCAGAAGGCGUCACCACUGAGGAGGCUCAGCCCCCACAGCUGGGUCAAGAGAGAGAUCCUGGGGGCACACCUACAGGCAGCACUGAUGACCCACCCAUGCUCACCAAGGAGGAGCCUGUUCCAGAAUUGCUGGAAGCAGAGGAUUCCGGAAUGAGGAUGACAAGAAGAGCGUUCCAAGAGAGAGGCCUGAAAACAGAACCCCUCAGGCGGCUCCUUCCCCGGAGGGGUCUCCGGACAAAUGCCCGGCCCAGUUCCAUGGUACCAGAUGCCCGAGUUUCUGGGGGAGGAAGCAAGGCCCCGAGGGCGCCCAGGACGGUCCCCCAAGGGAAAGGGAGGUGAAGCGGCUUUCCGGAAACCACGAGGCCUUGUAGGCCUCCCCUUCACCCCAAGCCCGCUCGUGCCCAUGGCCGACGGAGCUACCGUGCUCCGCACGCUGUGCAGGACACCGAGGGCAGCAUCCCUGCCGGCCCCGACCUAAGGCUCACCAGUGCCCCACCUGUGGGAAAGGCCUGCGAGGAACUCAGACACCAGGAGCCCUGAGAGGCGACCGGCGAGGCUCCGGAGAGCACUGACGUCCUUUCCUCAGCCGCCGCCUCAGGCGCUAGGGCGGUCUCCCCUCCCGCCCGCCCGCCAAGCCUCACCUGGUUAUCGCGAGAACAAG